UUUAAAUAUUAAAUCUCAUCCUCUUCAAAAUGUUCAAAAAGAAACAUCAAACAAAGAAAGAAAAAUAAAAAACUUCAUUGAGUGCAGAGAGACCUUGAGUGGGAAAUCGAAAAAUAAAUCGAUUUAGACCCACACAAUAACCAUUGGUAUAAUGGGUAUGAACAUGAAGUUUCAAUGCUCCUUCCCACUGGUCUUUCUUGCAACCACCACCACCCUCCUCUUCGGCAGCCAAGCCACCGCAAAAGUCAGCGAUAUAUGCUCAGUUACAGAUUACAAACCCCUUUGUAGGGCAACCCUAAAAGGAAUCAGCGAUCCAUAUAAAGCACUAGAGGCAGCAAUCGAUCAAGCAAUCAUCAAAACGAGACACGCAUAUUACCUUUCCAGAACAAUGGGCAGCGACCAAAAUAUCGAUAUCUGCAAGGAAAUGUUUGAUAGUGGCGUUACAGAUCUCGAGAGUUCUUUGAAAGCAUUGAAAGUCAAUGACAAGGGAACCCUCAAUUCUCAGCUUUCAGCGGUGAUUAGUUAUUAUUCAACUUGCGAUGACACGUAUUCAGAAGCGGGUGAGACUAAUCCUCUUACAAAGGUUACCGGCGUCCUCACACAUAUGGUUGCCAACUGCUUGGCGCUCGCCGAAAAAAUCCACUGA